GGUUGUGUCUGCGUCUGCACCACCCCCUUCAUUUCCCCACAAUCAACAGGAAGACUGGAGGCCAGAGAGAGAGCAGCCACACUCUGUAGGAGAGGAAGGACGUAGAGGUCCAGCUACACAAUUAGAACAAAGGAAAACCAUCAAGGCAAAGGAAUGAGCAAGAAUCAGAAAGAAGUGAAGAAAAUCCAGACAGCCUAUCUGCAGAACUUGGAGAAACUGAACCAGGGGCUAAAGCCGGAGAAGAAAAGUUGGAAAUCAAAGGAGGGAGAGUUUGCUGUGCAGACAGCGAUGGAAAAGCUGAGGCAGCCUCCCAUAGCUGGAAAAGUCACCAAAAGCUCAGCUCACAGAAUCAGCAGAGAUCUGACCUGCUCCAUCUGCCUGGAUCUUUUUAAACAACCAGUGUCUUUGCCCUGCGAUCACACCUUCUGCCAGGGCUGCAUUGUGGGGUACUGGACAGGUCCCAGGGGCCCCGGGCAGGGGGGCACAGGAUCUUGCCCUCAGUGCAGGAAGGUGUACCCUGGACAGAGCUACAGGCCGAACCGUAUUGUGGCAAACAUCGUGGAGAGCUACUGUCAGGGUUUGGAGGAGAGCGGGACAGCAGUCUGCCCGCCAGAUGUGGGGGUGCCAGAGAGGGUCCCUGCUCCGGUCCCCCGCUGCAGCAGACACAGAGAGGAGCUGAAGCUGUACUGUGAGGAGGACCAGGAGCUGGUGUGUCUGGUGUGUGGUCUCUCACAGGAGCACAGGAAUCACACAAUGGUGUGUGUGCAGGAGGCCGAACUGAAGUACAGAGCGUCUCUCAACAGCUCAAUGGAUUCCCUUAAAGGUGAAUUGAACACAGCGCUGCAGUGUGACAGGGAAGCUGAGGAGGAAGUCAAAAAGCUCAAGGAGCACACAGCUGACCUGAAGCAACGCAUCGAGGCCCAGUUCAGCGACCUGCACCAGUUCCUGUACCAGGAGGAGAAGCUGCUGCAGGUGAAGCUGAAGACGGAGGAGCGCAGGGAGCUGAUUCGCCUGGAUGAGCACAAAGCCCUGCUGUGCGUAGAGAUCUCUCGUCUGCAGAGAGCCGUGCACGAGAUCGAGGACAAGCUGAAGGAGCAGGACGCCUUCUCUCUGCUGCGGAGCAUCAAAGUCCUGCUCCAGAGGCCUUCGCUGAAGUUUGAGAAACCUACGUUUACACCUCCAAGUCUGUGUGAAGGUCGGUUCGCAGGGCCUCUGCAGUACCGAGUGUGGAAAUCCAUGAAAGGAAGCAUUUACCCAGUUCCAGCUGCCAUCACGUUUAACUCCAGCACGGCCAACCCGUGGCUCAGCCUCACCUCCUCCCUCACCUGUGUCCGUUACCAAACCUUUAACCACACCGUGCAGGACAACCCCUACAGAUUCAACGCAGCCCUGUCCCUCCUCGGAAGCCAGGGCUUCACCCAUGGGCGCCACUACUGGGAGAUCGAAGUCUACAGCAGCACCGUCUGGACCGUUGGUGUGGCCCGGGAGUCCGUGCCCAGAAAGGGAGUAAUCAAAGCUCUACCAGCAAACGGCUUCUGGACUCUCUCCCUCUCUUAUGGGAUACAGUACAUGGCUGGCACUUCGCCUCCAACAGUGCUGUCCCUGGAGGAGCCGCUGGCCCGGAUUGGAGUGUAUCUGGAUUACAAGAGGGGCCUGGUGUCCUUCUACAACGCACAGUGCAUGACACACCUGUACACCUUCAGGGAGACCUUCAAUGAGACACUGUACCCAUACUUCAACCUGGGCUUCCUGGAUAAAGUGCAUGAGAAUGAGCCCCUCAAAGUUUUCCUGCCUAAGAUUUAAAAAAAUGUGACAGAAAAAAAUGUUGAAAAGGUCAAAAUGUGCUAAAUAAAUAUGAAAAAAAGCGUUUGACACUUUCCCUUGUAGAGAAUAAGAAGCAACAGUGGAUUUUUAUAUGCAUUAUACUUUAGAUAUUGGACUCUUGGUUAGAAACAAAUGUGCUUUAACACUCACCAAAUGCAAGGUGUGCAGGUUGUGAUCUUCUUCUAUAACUGUCAGUUUUGCAGACUAUCAUGGUAUGUUACCGUCACCUGUCGAUCGGUGGAAGGGUCAUCUCAGAGCAGGAUUGUGUAGUCAAUAUGAGAUGGGAAACUCACAGAGAAACAGUUCCAAAGCAGGACUUCAGCUCUGAAACUCAACAUGGAGUCUUUCAGGAACAUUUUUGAGACUGGUUUUCUUUGUAACCUGUAUCUACUGCCAAACAUUUCAUUUCAGAGAAGCUGAGCUUCAAUGAAGAAACCGAAACUGUAAGACUGACUGGUGCAGUAUGCUAACAUUGUUUUUUAAUAAUACAAUAAUCUUUCUUCUGCGUGAAACACAAACAUGUUCAUUUAUUACUCCAAACUGUGUUUAUUUUUCUGGACUUGUUGAAAUAUGUGUAACUUGACAAUGGUAUAUCAUACUUAUGAUGCUUUAGGCCGGGGAAAUGUUGAGCAACAGUGGUUGAGAGUCUUUUUUCUUUGUCUUAAGAUGUGUGUUAUUUUGGAUAUCUACCUUUGACUUGGGUGCUAGAUGCUCCAACUAUAAAACUUGGCUGAUCCAAGUUGUGCAGUUACCAGUAUCAAACAAUAUACAUGGGCAACAUUGUAUUAAAGAAAUUCUUGAAACU